AUGGGCGUUAUGGUGGGAACGAAAGGUAUUGGUGUCGCCCCCAAAGCCAAGUGGAUUGCGUGCAAAGGGCUCAACUAUGGUUUGGAGGAAUCCAAGUUGGUGGAAUGCACUCAAUUCCUGCUUUGUCCCCACGACAAAGACAUCAACAAAUGUGACCCCAGCAAGGCCCCUCAUGUGAUCAACGGCAGCUUUGGACAUCUCACCAGGAACUUUUAUUUGGAAGAUAUCAUUACAAAGUGGAGAGAAGCGAGAAUCAUUCCCGUAUUUGCGAUCGGCAACCACGGCCGUCAAGGCUGUACGUAUUCAGGUUAUCCUGGCAUAUCCCCUCAAGUGAUUGCUGUCGGCAACACUGACUCCUACGAUUAUUUGGCGUUCGGUUCAAGUUUGGGACCUUCCGUCUUGAACAAAACACUCGUCAAACCCGACAUUUCUGCUCCUGGUGAACACAUCCCUACCUCAGGACACUCCAGCGACGAUAGUUUCAUCAGGGCCUCGGGUACGAGCUUGGCCGCGCCUCAUGUUUCUGGAGCCAUCGCCUUGUACUUGUCUGCCAACAAUGGCGCCUCGUACGACCAAGUGUACAGGGCCCUGACCGAGAAUGUGGAUACGAACACGCUAACUCCACCCAACAAGAACUGCGGUGACAUUCCCAACACGCAGUAUCCCAACAACCUCUUUGGCCACGGCCGCUUGAACAUCUUCAAGGCCGUGGCUGCUAGCAUCCGCGGCCUGACUCUUCCCCCGCCAUCCGAGUCCACCCAAGUCCUGAACCCGAAUGACCUAAGCACGUGUGGUACGUUGGAAGACAACACGCACUAUAUUGGCGGCGACUUAGCUUCGUUCAAUCUGACGACUGUUGAAUCCUGCUGCGCUGAAUGUAAAAAGACACCGGGAUGCAAAGUGUUUGUGUGGUACAACCUCAACGGUGGCUUGUGCCGGCUCAAGGACACCCAAGGCCCAAAGGUAGAUGUGGACGGAGCCAAGGCUGGCGUGCUACCAGCCCCAGCCUCAGGAUGA